AUGCCUUUCAGAAAGCCACAUCAGACAGCAGACCCUCAGUUUAUUAAAAAGAAUAACACGGGGUACGAGAUAAAGCCCAGAGGACUCAACAUUAUCUGGGGAAAUGACCUUCGCUACUGGAAAAUAACAUCCGAUGACCAUGCAGAACUAAUACAAGUUUCAUGGUUGGAGGUAUCUGGUAAAGUAGUUAUAGAAGGAGGGAAAACAUAUAAGGUGAAAUUUGAUGUGGAGGUUAAGGAAAACGGUUUCGGUUGGGAUAACACACCAGUACUUGUCAUGGCUAAAAUUGGGAAAAAGGGAGCAUAUCUAUAUAAGGAAGUCAAAUUAGUUUGUAAUAAAUCACAAACAAUUCCAGAUGAUAAUGAAUCGCUUACAAUAACUGUUGGACAACAAUCAAAUGACCUCGAACUUCAUUUUGGAUUGUAUGAAGUUUGGAGUGGUAAAUGGAAAGGUGGCUUGGUAAUCAAAAAAGCACAAGUUCUGCAGAUCAACUAA